UCCUUCCCUCCCUCCUGGGCGGCCUGAGGAGGAGCCGAGGCGCCGAGGCGUUUCUUUCUGGCGGCCCGAGAAGGAGGAGGAAGAAGCAGAAUCGGCUCCCGCUCGCUCCUGGCCGCGACGCAGACCCGGACCCCGAGGUCCCCGAGGGAGCGGCCGCUUUCCUUCGCCCGCGUCCAGCCUGGGCGAUGGCGGCGAUGGGGAGAGCCGACGCCAACUUCCUGUGGGGCGUCUUCCAAAGGUGAGCGCGGGGCUGCUGCGGGAGGAGGAGGAGGAGGAGGAGGAGGCCCGGGCCGGGGACUCGCGUGGGCCGGCUCGCCCCCGGUGACCGCUGCUCGUUGUGUUUUGCCUCAGGGUCGACAAGGACCGCAGCGGCGUCAUCUCGGACGUGGAGCUCCAGCAAGCGCUCUCCAACGGUGGGUGGACGAGGCCUCCCCAGGCGCGGCCUACCUGGCCGGCGCCUUCCCCGCGCUUCUCGCGCCGCCGCCGGCCUCCGUUUGGUGGUACUCCGCCUUUUCCCCUGGCGGGGACGCAGGGCGGCCUACCGAGAGAAAGGGGAACAGCUGGGAGGGAGGGAGGGUGGCUGGGUGAAACAGGCAUUUGAAGGGGAAAAAAGGUUUAAUUCAAACUAGAGAGAGAGAGAAGCUACGGGGAUUGUAAAUUAUUAUUAUUAAUUUAUAUUAAUAAAUAAUAUCAAAAAUAAUACAAUUUAUUUAUAUUAGUUAUAAGUAAAUGCUUAUACAAAUUUAUUUAUAUCCAAGCUUUCCCCCCUGACUCGGACUCAGGGCGGUUUACAGAUGAGAAGAGCUAAAAGCAUAGAGAGGAAGCAUUGAGGAAAUAAUUAAACACUGAUGGAAUUAAAGCUGUAUUUCCUCAUGAUUUAAAUUUGAAGGGAAAAAAAGGUUUAAUUCAAACUAUAGAGAGAGAGAGAAGCUACGGGGAUUGUAAAUUAUUAUUAUUAAUUUAUAUUAAUAAAUAAUAUCAAAAAUAAUACAAUUUAUUUAUAUUAAUUAUAAGUAAAUGCUUAUACAAAUUUAUUUAUAUCCAACCUUUCCCCCCUGACUCGGACUCAGGGCGGUUUACAGAUGAGAAGAGCUAAAAGCAUAGAGAGGAAGCAUUGAGAAAAUAAUUAAACACUGAUGGAAUUAAAGCUGUAUUUCCUCAUGAUUUAAAUUAUGAAACACAUAUGUUAGUAAUAAUAAUUUUAUUAUUGACACCCUGUCCAUCUGUAUUUUAUUAUUAUUAUUAUUAUUAUUAUUAUUAUUAUUAUUAUUUUAUUUAUAUCUCACCUUUUUCCCUGACGGACUUGAGGUGGUGUACAGAUAGAAAUGUAAAGAGCUAAAAAUAAUAGGGGCUGGGGGGUGGGUGGGAAUAGUUUAAAAAACAAACAUUAAUAGAAUUGAAACUAACACUCUCGCUUAGCUGUUAAAAACAUACGGACUAUUACAGUAAAAAGAGCAGGGCGCCAGCAGCCCUUUUGGUAGAAGCACUCUGUUCCCCAAACCCUGCUGGAACAAGCAGUCUAGCUUCUCUAGGGAGGAAGUUCCAACUUUGCCCGGGAGUAGCCACUGAAAAGGCCCUCUCCCGCCGUGCCUGUCUCAUUUUAAUUCAGAAUACACCCAUGUUGUGCAAUAAAUGAAGCAACCCUAAUGUAAGGGCACCCAAAAAAAUAGCAAAACUGAAAGUAAAAUUGGCCAGCCCAGGGGAAAGUCAUCUCACAUACAGUGGUACCUCGGGUUACAUACGCUUCAGGUUACAGACUCCACUAACCCAGAAAUAGUACCUCGGGUUAAGAACUUUGCUUCAGGAUGAGAACAGAAAUCGUGCUCUGGCGGUGUGGUGGCAGUGGGAGUCCCCAUUAGCUAAAGUGGUGCUUCAGGUUAAGAACAACGGAUCUCUGGAGCGAAUUAAGUACUUAACCCGAGGUACCACUGUAUUUUGAGGCUUAUAAAUGGUGCUGAAAGGUGGGCAUUCCCCGGGCAAGAGCGUUCCAAAGAGACAUUGCAAUUGAUGAGAAUGUCCUGUUUCAUAUCCCCAACAACAGGUAUAGGUAAACUUGGCCCUCCAGAUGUUUGGGGACUACAAUUCCCAUCAUCCCUGACCACGGGUCUUGUUAGGGAUGAUGGGAGUCGUAGUCCCAAAACAUCUGCAGGGCCGAGUUUGCCUAUGCCUGCCCAACAAUCUCUAGCCAAAGUGGACAGAACAGAGUGCUUCCCAAGCCUUGGAGGCCAGGGGAGAAUAAGUAGCUACUUAAGAGUUUUAAAGGCAAAAGGGGAGGUCGGACUUUGAUUAGAGAGACUGGGGCCCAGUUCUUUGCGUAACCCUAAUGCUUUGUGUUUUGUGAGGGUGGGCUGGGUCAGUCUUACAGCAUAGCCAACUUUGCACAGUUAUUGGGAGAACAAAAAAAGUACACUGUUCUGAAACACAUAUGUUAGUGAUAAUAAUUUUAUUAUUGACACCCUGUCCAUCUGUAUUUUUUUUCUUGAAAUACAUUGAUUUCCUAACCACCUCUCCAUAGGAAAGUUCACAAGAACAUGUAGAUUUGUUAUGUUGCUAUCAUAUGCAUCUCUAUGCCAGUUAUGGCUUUCCACUGUGUGUGUACCCAGUGGGGAAACUGUGAAUGUUGCUCAUGAUAGAAAAUUGUAUGUAAUAAGGGGAAUAUGCUGCAACGUAACCGCUGGUUACAUAACCAACAUAAGGCAGAAAUAGCAAAAGUCUCUGAAGUGCGAAGGGUCCUUCAUGUAAGUAUUAAUGUCAGAAAAAUCCAGCAUAACUAACCCUUUUGAUUAUAAACCUAUGGGUAUAGGGCAGUAUACAUAUGUAAUAAGUAAUAAUUUUUUUUUUAAAAACCUCACAGUUAUUAAGACUGGUUAAAAUGAAUUUGCUCCUACUUGAAUAUCCCUUGAAAGCAUGGGCAAAAUUGUUGUCCCUGAUUAUUCUUUGAAUAUUACAAGUCUAGAGGUAACCCAACAUGUAUUAAGGUGCAUUCUUGUCUCUAGGUGAUAGCUGGCAAGAUAUGAGGACACAGAGUCAUAACUUGGAGUAGUGUGUGAAAAGGGAGGCUUUUGAAAGUAACAGGUUAGACAAAAGCAACCUCCUGGUCAUUAUUCUCAGAUGCUUGGAAUCACAUUACAUUGAUAUAUUGAAAGCAGUUGAGUUUAAAGGAGCUAACAUGAUCAUGAAGGGUUGAUUUGUUUAUCCCUCCCCUCCCUUUGCAUCUUCUCACUUCGUAGUUUGUGCCAAACCCUACCCUACAACUUGGGAGGAGCUUCACAGAGCAGCUUGCUAAAUGGCCUACCUCGCACCUCUGUUAAAACCACUUGCCUGGGCCUGCUGGUUGUUCCUCAUGCCUUAAUUGGUGUUGCUGUCUAUUGGGGGGAGCGAGACCCCCAAAGGCUUUUGCAAGCAUUUGUGUAUUUCCCUUUAAGACUGCACCACAAUUGGGCUUACCAGGGAAGGCAACAUAAGCCUUUGAGAGUUUCUACUUCCCUCAAAGAUUGCAGGAAGAUCAGGCUUAAAAGGGAAGCUAGCUAGCUAGCUAGCUAGCUAAGCAGGAUCACCUUAGUGCACCAGUGAGCUCCUUGCCUGAACUCAGCAGAAUCACUUUCUGUAUUGGCUGGUUUGAAGGGGCAGCAGUCCUGCUUAGUGCUGGGUCCGGGUUUGUGCAGCAGUUCAAAGGAUCCUGAGAAGCAGCUGGCUUUUACGACUUAAGGAGCUGCACAAAGCAGCGUCGGGCAAACAUUGUAUUCCUUGAUUCAUUACUUUUUGAAUUGGGAUGGAGCAGUCUUUAAUACUCUAAGAAUGAUAGAAUGUAGAAUCAUAGAAUUGUAGGGUUGGAAGAGGGACCCAAGGGUCAUCUAGUCCAACCCCCUGCAAUGUUUUAAGAAUGGUAUAAUAUUUUGUAAAUUAUUAGUAAAGGAGUAUUUGUAUUGUAUAAAGCUUAAAAAAAAAUAAUGGUGGUGGGGACCGAGAGUGAGAAUCAGUAUUGAUUCUGUCUUAAUGGUUCUUAUCCUCUCAUCUUCAAGAGUUCAUAACACUUAGCUUUUCCUGCACACAUAUUUUAAUGAUUUGCUUCCGUUCUCUUUUAGGAACAUGGACUCCAUUCAAUCCAGCAACUGUUAGAUCUAUCAUAUGUAAGUGAUUCAUAACAUCAUACUUUUAACAUUUGGGGGGCGGGUUGUACUCGCAAGCAGCAUUUUUAGGCGGUUCGUAGUAUGUCAAUAAAAUAGUUAAACAAAAUUGUAUCAGUGGUGAGAACUGGAAGAAUAUUUUGUUUGAAAUGACGUCCAGUUGCAUUUCCCUCUUAGCCCAUUACUAUUUACAUAGUUUAAUAUGGGCAACGGGGACCAAAAUACUCCCUGUUUGAAAUGCACUGCUUGCUUUUUUACUGAGUUGCUUUUGAAUAGUCAUAUGUGUGGUUUUUCACAUGGAUUCUGCGGUUGCAUAGAGCACAAUUUUGAAACUUCUAGAGCUAGAUGGCAGAUUUUUGAUGGGAUGUCUGCCCUCAGGGCAGUGUGACCCCAACUUUCCACUCUUCCUUUACUGACUGCUGCAGUGGAGGAGUCUGGUUAUGCGAUGGUACAAAUCACCAGUUGAAGAACCAGUUAUAGGUAAGCAUUCGGGGGUUGGUUUUUUCAUGGUCUGUGUGUGGAGAACCAUAUGGGUAAUGGCAACCCACAUUAUCCAGAGGUGAGGCAAGAGGGCAGGCAACCACUGACCUUGGCAUAGCUCUGAAAGGUGUAUCCUCUCAAGCUGAAACACUCAUACUACAGGAUUGACAUUGAGGACUACAAACAGAGAGCAGUAUAAUAAACUUCAAGAACAGAGAAAACUAAGGAACAAUGUGGAUGAAACAACUGUCCUUGUUGAGUGUAUACAGAUUCCUAAGAAAAUCUGAAGCCGAGCUAUCCUGAAGCAUGGGUUAAUUGUGGAUGGAGACCAAAUCUUCCUGAACACCAUGUCAACACUGCUUGCUCCCUCCAAAGACACAUAGAAAGUGAAGAGACAAAAGCUGAGACUGAAUCCAUCUAUUUUUAUUGAUAACAUCACUUGUUUACUAUACAACCAGUGCAUGCAGGGAAGACUGCAGGUUUGACAAAGGGCUUUGGGCAGAAAACUGGCAGAACUGCCUUCAGUAGAAAGAACAAGGCAGGCAGGCUUGAGGACUCCAUUAUCCUAAUGCAAAAUGAGAGAUUUAAGUAUCAGCUUCUUGGUGGUUGUUGGCAUCUGUCUGUCUUGAGACAGUGCCCUUAUCCAAACCAAAAUUGCUUGGAGAAAUCUGUUUAGUGUUUCCGCCACCUUCUUCGGAUUAGAGUAUAGAAGAUAAAAGCUUUGUGCCAUCUGCAUAUUGAUGGCACUUCUGCCCAAUCCUCCAGGUGACUAUACCCAUGAUUUUGUUGCUGGGGUUGAUGGGAGUUGGACAUCUGGAGCACUCAAGGUUUCCUACCUCUAAUGUAGAUAUUGAAGAGAAUAGAACCUUGUGGCAUCCCAAAGGUCAUGAAGUAAAACGGAAGUCAUCUAACAGCAUCCUCUGGAUCCUACCCUCCAGGUAGGACCAAAGCCACUGCAAAAGAAUGCUCCCAGGGUGAUGUCACAUAAGGAUUCUAUGGUUGAUGUGGAAAAUGUGAAAAGUUAAGAUGAACCAUCAGGUUUGCACUUUUCUCUCCCAUCUGUUCUUCAGUGCUGGUCAUCCAGGGAGAUGACCAAAGCAGAGUCUGUUCCAUACCAGCCUGGAAGGGAUCAAAUUGGGGUGUGUUGCAAAGUGUUGCUUUAAAAUGGCGCAUUAGAGAUUUUCCAAAGGUGUAGGAUCCAGAUUUAGAUUUUUUUUUAAAUUGCUCUCUCCUUUUAAAAACAAAAGGGGACAUCACCAUUGCACAGCUGAUAUUCACUGAAGGUGAGUCAAGUUUUCAGAAGCCAGGAUGGGCAAGGAACCUAGGAGUGCAUGGUUGGUUUCAUCCCUCGUCCACUUUCUCAGACAAUAGUAGCUGAAAGGCAACAGAUGGUAUCUUUGCUGCCUUCGCUUCUAAUGAUGUUGAAAUUGUGGCAUCUUAAGUUGAGUGAAUAUGAGCAAUUGAAUCUGCGGAAUGUAAUGCAAACUGAUCACAAUGGAACUUCAUUGGUUCCAUCUGAUGUUCUCUACCAGACCUGUAUUAAGCAGAUUGUUAACCACCUAACAAGGCCCCUUUGAGCUACAUUAAGACAUAUUGGUGUAGAAAUAUGAUUUUCCGUUGGCUGCAGUAACUGCCAUAGAGUAGGCCCUAAAACUGGAUCUAACCUGUUUGGUCAUAUUCAUCCUAUGUAUUCAUCCUGUGUUCUCCACCAAGAAAACUUUUUUAAGAGUGAGCACUUUGUCAUGGGUUCAUAGUUUGCCUGUGUCAUAUUAUUUUAGAUUCCAUUUUGUGAAUCUGUGGACUUCUGGUGCAUUGAGAAGAGCCACCCUUUAAGAAACCUUUAUUCAAGGAAAAGUGUUGACUAUACUGAAUUCUUUUUAGAACCCGUAUCAGUUUACAUAAGAGCUGCUUCUACCACUGUUCCUUGUUUUUCUUUACAUUAAAAGGUAAAAAUCCAUAUAGUAAACUUUUUAAUGAGGUAUUUCAGUUUUUCCUGUCUCUUAAUCUUAACAGAAAUGUAAUAGAGAAUGAUUGGUGUCUCAUUCUGUAACUUAAAUGAAUUAAUAUUCUGAAUGUUUGUUUCAGCCAUGUUUGACAGAGAGAACAAAGGUGGUGUGAACUUCAAUGAAUUCACAGGAGUCUGGAAAUACGUAUCUGACUGGCAGAAUGUCUUUCGCACGUAUGAUAGAGACAAUUCAGGAAUGAUUGACAAACAUGAACUAAAGCAAGCACUAACAGGUUUUGGUAAUUCAUUUGUAGUUAUAUUGAUCAUGUAUCACAAUCAUCUAGGGUUGUCAGCCUGGUUCCUACCGCCCACUAGUGGGCGUUUCAGGAUUCUAGGUGGGCGGUAGGGGGUUCUAUGGCACAAGCUGAAUCCUUCCAUUGAGCACUGGUGGGUGGUAGGGAAAUUUUACCAUCAAGAAAGAGGCAUUAGUGGGCAGUAGGUAUAAAAAGGUUGAAUACCCCUGAACUAGACUGAGGAUUAAACCUUAUCACAUUGAAAUAUUCCAAAGAGGAGAUGAGCUUGUUUUUGUUGUGGUCCUUCUAGAAGAAGUCUGAAAAUACUACCCCAACACUACCAUUUUAGAGUAAUUGUUUAACUGAGAAAAACUACAAGUCUGAAAUAUAAAAAUUUCCUCCUAGUUUUUACAAAUAGCUUCAUAUCACCUUUACUAAUUUAUUUAAAGGUCUAAGAACUUGGUUUAGUUAUUACCAAGAAACAGCUGGAGAGAAAGUAUUUAUAGCUACAAUCCUCUAUUCACUUACCCCAGUAUAAGCUCCACUGAACUUCGGAAGACUUCCAAUAAGUAGGCAUUUAUUAGAAUUGCACUGUUAGAAUUAGUAUUUCAAGAAUUAUCAAGGAUAUUGCACCCUGCACACUGAAAGUUGUGAGCUGGAGGGACAUUACAGCUUACACAGCAGACAAGUGGGGAAGCAGCGGCAGCUGCUACUCUACUCCACAUGUCAGCUUUUAGGCAGGAGGCCUCUGGAAGGCCCUGCUGUGCCUCCUGCCUCACAAAGGAAAUCCUCCCCAGAGGAUAUACUCUGGGCUAUGAAGAGGGUCUCCUUGGAAGCCAGGAGGACUCGCCAGGGUGCUCCACAUUUCUGGGAUCUACUUCUGGAAUCCCAGCACUGUGCUUAUGCAUGGUCAUGUGCAAAUAGAGCACAUAAAUGGGGAGUUGGUCCACAGUUGAAGACCUUCGAAAAGACUGGGCAAAUCUGAAGGAUUUUUAAUUUCUGCCAAAGGCUCAUUCAUUGCUUAUUAGACAGUAUGUUGUUCAUUCCAUCAAUGAAAUUAAUUUGGUUUUUCCUAAUUUUAAUAAACCUUUGCCUUCAUAUUUGGAAAGUAAGGUGACCACACUAUGCGUGCAGCUGCUUGUUUUCAUUACCAACACAUUUUUGCUAUUGAAUUUAAGUGGUCCUGAGUUUGCAUGAAUCUCCUGUAGUUGUUAUGACUUUGUUGUAUUGUUUUGUGGUGUUUUGUGUGGUUUUGGUUCAUUCCAUCAAUGAAAUGAAUUUGGUUUUGGUUGCAGUGUCCUAUCAUUGCCUGAUUAAUCCAUAACACAGAAGACUCGUAGACUUUCAUUUUUUAUUUACUUUGCUCCUGAAUACCUUCAAUUCUUUCAAGGUUAUCGACUAUCUGACCAAUUCUACGAUCUCCUCAUUCAGAAGUUUGACAGACAAAGAAGAGGACAAGUGGCUUUCGAUGACUUCAUCCAGUGUUGUGUUGUCAUACAGGUAACAAACUGGGCUGUUGAAUAGUUACAAUUUAGAACGACCAAGUAACAGUAAGUUUAGCAUAUAUGUCAAAUAAUUAGAAAAUCCAUUGCUGAUUUGAAUUUAGUGAUAGUGUUUUGUUUUUCAGUGCUUUUCAGUUUCUUCAGUAUUUAUUUUGUCACCUUCAUUUGUGCUGUCUGUAAAAUCUGAUUUUUCAGGAAGAUGCCAGUUACUGUUUAUUUUAACAUAGUAAGCAGUAAGAGUGUGGCUCUAAAGACUGCACCAUCAGCAUUUUUGUUCCAAUGAGCAGCAAGCAGUGAAGAAUUUUUCUAGGACUAGAAGUAGAAAUAAGGAAUUUAUAAGUAGAAUCCUCUAGAUUAUAUACGCCUUUAGAUUAUGUAUUCUAGUGAUUCAGCUGACCAUUGGCUCAGCUUCGAUUCCUGUUUCACAAAUGGAAGCUAUGUUUCAGUAGAAGAACUCAGUGGUUUCAUCUGUAGGUAAAUCUGUUUUAACAUCUUUUUUUCAGAAAUGGACGGAUGUCUUCAGACGCUAUGAUACCGACCAGGAUGGCUGGAUCCAAGUGUCUUACGAACAGUAUCUCUCCAUGGUCUUCAGUGUUGUAUGACAGGAAAAACUGUUGCGCUAGAAUGUGGACCAGAGUUGCCAGCUGCCUGGUUCCAAAACAUAAGUGGAUAGCUUCUCACUCUCUCAAAUGUUGCAGAGAGGAUGUUUAGAAGCAUAUCAUUUUUCUCUAUAAUAAUUACUAAUAAUCAUGUCCAAUAUCACCUGCUGCUUCAAAACUCAGCAUUGCAUUAUGUACAUUAAUGUUUUGGAACUUUUUGAAAUGCCAAACAGUAGUAGCAAUGCAUGUGCCUUGUUUACCUUUUUAUAGAGAUUAAAAAAAGCCUGACUUGUAUCCUGUGUCCAUAUCAAGGGUGAUUUAAAAUUCAUGGGCAUUUUAGCUGUACAGCUGUGAGUUACUUGGAGGGAUGCAUGCUUCUGUCCUUUGUUUGGGGGCAACAUCAUGCAUACAUUUGGUUGCAUGGAGGCACUUACCCUCUAGCGGCUCCAGCUCAUUCUCCCUGCAUUUGUCUGCAUACAGCAAGGUAGUAGAAGCAGGGGGAGAUCCCAUAGUUGUGGAACGGCCACAUUUGUCAUUUUGGUAGUGAACUUACAGAGUGCUUCGUUUGCCUUGGUAGCCCAGUGGCCAAAAAAAUAAUCCCAAUAUCCACCAAAGCCCAGAAGAAUAGUGAGGUUAGGAACAUGGGGCAGGGUAUAAAUAGACCCAUCAGGAAAAGUCACUUUGAAAAUAAGAGGAAAUACAAAAGAUGGACAGAGUGGAUGGCUAAGACAAAUUCAAGUGAGGGUCAAUAACUUACUUAUUUAGAAUGUUAUGAAUGUCAGUUUGUGUGUCUGUUCAUGAACUUGGUAAUGUUUUAAGUGUAAUAGAGACCAAGCACUUCCAAUUCUGAAUACACUAUACACGUAUACAGUAAACCAGCUAAUUAGUAUAGCUAAUGUUAUUGAGAUUGAGAUUUUUGUUCCUGGUGUUAUAGUAGUUCUGUUUAUUAUUUAACCCUGCUGUGAAAAGUGUCAUUCUCUUUCACAUUAGAAGAUUGACAAAACUUUAGCUCCACUCUAGAAUAUAUUGUCUCACAUUUAAGCAGGUGAUGGAAUUUAUGGUUUCCACAGCUGGAGACUGUCACACGACGUCCAAUGGAGAAUGAGGGACAAUGCUAUACUGGGGUGUAUGGGUGUGCCAUUAAGAUUAAUCAGUAUACAAGAACAGUAAACCAGUGCCUGCAGACUAGGAGCAGAAGAGGAUAAAAAUAAGGGGAAAUAGCAAUGCCACACAGACUCUGGAAAAGCUUUUUUAAAAUUAAUUUUUAAUUGUAAAUUUGUCAGAGAAGGCUUAACAUUAAGCAUGGUUUACCGUAAGAGUAAACAGAAAAGCAAGUGCUGAAACUUUAAAGGCUUUACCAGAAUGUACUUUUGUUAAUUAUAUGAACAGCUACCCACAGUUCAGGAAUGCAUCAGAAAACACUUUAAUAUUUACCUUGAACAGGCUUCAGAUGCUAUACAGAUUUGAGCCAUGUCUUCUCAUGGUGAAACAAUCUUUGCCAGUUCAGUUGAUUGCGAAUUCAUUUCACUCAGAGUUUGAGCUAAUGCAUGAAUAUCAAUUUCUAGGAUAGAAGAAAACUUGUCAGUUUAAUGUACCUUUAAAGACUACAACCACUUCAGUUUUUGUGUACAGUAGAACAUAGCAGCCAUGUUCACAUGCCAUGCUAAACAUGUUUGGACCUCUAACCACAUUGAAAUUUUACAAAAGUGUUGGGCACAUAAAUCAGUCAAAGAUGGGACUGGCAGUGCUGCCCCCCCCCCCGAAAAAGAAACAAAACACAAAGGAGGAAGAGGACAAGGAUCAUUUAAGUCCAGCAGUGGAGGCAAAUCCCACCAAAACAUUAACUGGGGCAAUUCUCUUUUCUGUUCAGCACUGUAAACAGAAGAACUUCAUGUAUGUUAUACUAAGCCAUGGUAAUAUGUGACCAGUUUUUCCUCCCCAUCUGCUUUUCCACUGCUGAAUCCAACUGCCAACCACCUCCCAUUAAGACCACCUUCCCCCCCCCUUCAAAUCUAUUCUUCCAACCAGAUCUAUGAUUGUAUUAUUUUCUGCACUGCACACACACUUAAGAGCUCCAAGCAUAGAUACAUACUUAGACAUUCAAAACUCUUGGUUCUUGUCUUAUGGCACAGUUCUUCUCUAAGGGAGAUAAUACUCAGCCUCCUUUGUGUAAACCCAAUAAAGUUACAAUAUGGCAUUAUACUUCAUGCACUUACUUUGAAGGUCUGGAUAAUGGGGAACCAGUUGUAGAAGCAUGCUUGUCAAUGUAACUGCAUCCUUUCCUCGAAGUUGACUCAUGAUAUUGGCAGUAAGGUCACUGCCACAUUCACCCCAUUACAUUAUUCAGGUGUGUAUUUGGCUGUUGAUGAGCUACCACCACCAAAGGAUGGAUAAGGCCUCAGAUCACCUUCCAAGUUUGAUUGCUGGAAGCCCAAUUGUUGUGGCCAGCCAGGUCCACCACUUUCUGAAGAAAAGAAGGUACAGACAUCUGAUUACCACUCCCAGGCCCAUCACCAUACCAAGAGGGAAAAUUCUCUUGGUGGUUUAUUGAAGGAAGCUGUGAGAUGAUGCUAUCCGGAUAUGUUCUUGAGUCACAAGAGUCUUGCAUACUAUCCCAACGUCUUGCUUCACUACAUGCCAUUCUGUUACCAAGUACUUUGCUACUGUUGAGUUGGUGAUAUAUUGUAUAACUGUUUUGUGUUAAUGUAAAGCAGGAAGGCUUUUCUACAGCUGGAGUUGACUGGAAAUAAGCAGAAGCAGAUUGGUUGAAAUUGCUUUAUCCAUUCAUUGAUUCCACCACCUAAGCCUGGCUGAUGGAUCUUGCCAAAUGAACUCUUAAGGGCAGACAUGGUUGCAAGUUCAUUCGAACUCAUGGCAAACGAAGAGGCUUCCCCUCUCAUUUGACAGCUGUACAAAUCAGUAGGUGUGUGCAAAGUACUUGAUCCAUGCUGCAGUAGGGACUGUAACUGUGCAAGUCCAUUAGACGGACACCCAUGAUUCCAUUUACUGUCUCCUACAAAACUUUUUUGAAAAACAUGACAAAAUGUCAUUGCUAUUAAGCACACACACCAAAUCAUACUUUUCCAGACCAGCAUUUUCCAAACUUCUAGAAGACUAAAGAAAAUAGAUUCUUAAAAUAUAGUAGCAACACUCCCAGGGCACUAUUUGGGAAUGACUGCUGUAGAGCAGGUUUGCACAUAAUGCUAAUACAAACUUAUGAUUUGAGAACAUGCAGGUUCCCAGGAGAGACUCUGACUGUAUUUCUCUAAGCAAAGCCAUGAGAAUUUUGGCAGGGUGUUUUCCAAACUAGGGUUUGAGAUAAAUCACAAAAUGCAAACCUGUGCUUCCCUGCAUAGAUUUUAUAGCAGCUUUCUAACCAUGGAAACUCCGCACUAAGUCCUAUUGAAUUCAAAAGUUCUGUUGCCAUACAAAGUGUAGACAGGAUUAAAUGAUUAUGAAAGCAUAAGCAUACAUGGUAUCUGAAUUAAGAUUAAAUGAAUUUGGAUUGG